AAGUCAAAUUUGUACUGUAAGAAAAACAUGCAAAAGCAGUGUUUGUGACGAAAAUAAAGGCCGGACUUGCCACAAGGACAGUCAAGCAUCAACAUGCAAAAGCAGAAAAAAAAAUUAAAGAAAAGGAAAACAGUCUCAGUUCUUCUGAAUACUGAACUAAACAAAUCGCUGACGAAACAAGCAUUCCCAGACCACAGGAGGAAUGGCGAUCUCCUCCGCCCUCUCCUUCGUCUCCGAUCGCAAGCGCCCAAUCGCCGUCGCGGUCAUCCUCUUCAUCGUCCUAUCUUCUCUGUUCCUCCUCUUCAGCCCCGCGCCUUCGGCGCUCCCCUUCUUCUCCUCCCCCUCCUCCCACCUCUCCUCCUCUGAGACCUCAAUUCCCAUCUCCUCCAACGCAUCUCCACCCGAAGCCCCAACCUCUGUUGCCUCCAACGGGAUCAGCAGCAGCACUUCCUCCGCUCCCGUUCCCGUCUCUGCUAACGCAUCUCCGCCCAUAGCCGGAACCGCCAUCGCGUCCGACGGGGUCGGCAGCAGCACCGCCGACCCGCCUCGGCCAGACGCCAUCGCCGCUGCCGGGGACGCUGAGCCCGACGUGCCCGAACCAGAUCGCGGCACGCCCCCUGCCGCGGCUGAAGCGAGUGGAUCGGCAGGCGACAAUGAGACAACCGCGGGAGUCUCGGGCGAGCGAGAUGGGGAGGGGCAAGGCGGCGGCGGCGGCGGCGGCGCCGUGGAGGAGCCGGUGGAGCUGCUGUCGUGGGAGCUCUGCGAGGUGGGGAAGGGGGUGGUGGCCGCGGACUACAUCCCCUGCCUCGACAACGUGAAGGCGAUCAAGGCGCUCAAGUCGCUGCGGCACAUGGAGCACCGGGAGCGGCACUGCCCGGAGCCGAGGCCGAGGUGCCUCGUGCCGCUGCCUGACAGGUACCGGCGUCCGGUGCCGUGGCCGCUCAGCCGUGACAUGAUUUGGUAUAACAAUGUUCCUCACCCAAAGCUAGUGGAAUACAAAAAGGACCAGAACUGGGUCAGGAAGUCUGGUAACUACUUUGUUUUCCCCGGAGGUGGGACUCAAUUUAAAAAUGGUGUGGCCGCAUACAUUCGAUUUAUUGAACAGAUUUUGCCCAACAUUCAAUGGGGAGUCCAUACAAGAACUGUCCUGGAUGUUGGAUGUGGUGUUGCCAGCUUUGGUGGAUACUUGCUUGACAGGAAUGUAAUUACCAUGUCUUUGGCACCCAAAGAUGAGCAUGAAGCUCAGAUACAGUUUGCACUGGAGCGUGGAAUUCCUGCAUUUUUGGCAGUGAUUGGAACACAAAAGCUUCCCUUCCCUGAUAAUUCAUUUGAUGUGAUCCACUGUGCAAGGUGUAGGGUCCACUGGUAUGCUGAUGGUGGAAAACCAUUGUUGGAGCUCAAUAGAGUACUUAGGCCUGGAGGAUAUUACAUUUGGUCUGCAACUCCUGUCUAUCGCAAAGACCAAAGAGAUGUAGAUGACUGGAAUGCGAUGGUUUCUCUGACCAAAUCGAUCUGCUGGAGGACAGUGGUAAGAUCUCGGGAUAUCAAUAAGAUUGGAGUUGUUAUAUACCAAAAAUCGAUAUCAAAUUCAUGCUACCUUAAGAGAAAAAAUAACGAACCGCCUAUGUGCUCCGAGACUGAUGGAUCACGUUCUCCUUGGUACACACCUCUUGAUAGUUGCCUCUUUCCUGCUGUUUCAAGUUCGGGUGGAGAAAAUAGCUGGCCCAUUUCAUGGCCUGAAAGACUUACUAUGAAGCAUUCAACUACAUCUAACAACUCUUCCAUCCAGUUUUCUCAAGAAAGAGUCGAUUCUGAUACAGACCAUUGGAAGGACCUUGUUUCAGAAGUAUAUCUCAAUGAAUUUGCAGUUAAUUGGUCUAGCGUUCGCAAUGUUAUGGACAUGAAUGCUGGUUUUGGAGGAUUUGCAGCAUCACUUAUUCAUCAACCAUUGUGGGUUAUGAAUGUUGUACCUGUUGAUCAGCCAGAUACAUUGCCCAUCAUUUUUAACAGAGGUUUGAUUGGGGUAUAUCAUGACUGGUGUGAAUCUUUCAAUACAUACCCACGGACUUACGAUCUUCUUCACAUGAGUUAUCUCCUAGGGCCCCUUACAAGAAGGUGCCAUAUCAUUGAAGUAGCAGCAGAAAUUGACAGGAUACUUAGACCUGGUAGAUGGUUUGUGCUGCAAGACACUAUAGAAGUGAUAAGAAAGAUGGAGCCUGUUCUUCGUUCUCUGCAUUAUAGGACUACAAUUGUCAAACAGCAAUUUCUUGUUGCCGCCAAGGGCUUCUGGCGCCCUGGCAGUACAGGUUCUCAGUCAUGAUGAUUCCGCUUCCAUGCCAGAUGGUGCCAAGGACUCGUGGGUACACCCAAAGUUGUGUUGAUUCUUCUGAUUUCUAUUACAUUGAUUCUUCUCAUAGUAUAGAUAUAGAUGGUUAGAGGACACGCUGUAGCCCCAUAUCAAGGUGAGUUUCAGAGUUCCAUAUUUCCCCAAUUUGUUUUACUAUUUUUUUAUUUUUUUUACCAUCUGAAUUUACGUUUGGCCAUCUGAAUCAGUUAGUGGCUUAGUGCUAGCAAAUAUGUCAGGUGGAUUGUAGAAGAUUUUUUGGGGGUUAUAUUUAGCUUUAAAUUUCAACGAUAUGACAUCAGUACUUUUUUAUAUUUAGCUACAAAAGUCUUGCCUUCUGCAAAAUAACAAAGUAUGGGGCUAUGGGCUUCGAAUUAUUUCUCCUCGUUCAUUUA